AUGAGUAUACGCGGCCUCUUCAAAGGCAUUGUGGGGGGUGAGGAUGAAACGGGUCCGCGCACCAGUAAACUGACGGACACGGCUUCUCCCGAGGGUGGCGGCGGUGGACCUGGCGGCUUCUUCUCCGGUACCACCACCCGGUUUCUGGACAGUGUGCAGGCCAAGAAAAACGGCCUUAUGUCCGACCUCUCGACCAAACUUGGCUCCAUCAAGCUGCCUGACAACCUGCCCUCGGGGCUGGCGAAUUUCGGGAUGCCGAGCACAGGCGGCUCGGGGGCUGCCGGCAACAGACGAGGCAGCAGUGACCGACGUCGGCGAAAGGCCGGCAGUGACAACGAGGAUGCCGAGGGCAACUCUUCAUCCGCCAGUGAGUAUGGCGACGAUGGCGACAAGCCGAUGUAUGCGGACGAGUUGCCUCAAGACUCGCAGGUGCAGCGCAGGGCCUCAGUUGAGAGCAUGGACAGCCUGCCAGAAGGAGAGGCGCAACAGUACCGCAGUGAGAUUUCACAGAUUGUGAACAAAGUCUUGGACGCAAAGUAA